ACUGACUGACAUGUCCUUUUAUAAACUCUUCUUUAUUCCAAGUUACUCUCUCUUUUCAACUAAUAUUUAACGCACGUCCUGCUAUAACUCUGUUUGGUAGCUCUGAAAACUCUGCAACUUUUCUCUCUCUUCUUCAUUUUCUCUCUUUGAUGGUGCAGGAAAUGAGGUUUGAAAUGAACCCAUUUUCACUUCACCAGCACAACCACACAUUUGUGAAGUGUGCUCUCUGUUUUGUGUUAAUGGGUCUUGCUGUUCGCCUUUGGUUUUCUGAUUCAAUCAGAUUUUCUAGUGCUGUGGAUUCUGUAGAGACUCCUCCUGAAGGAAAAACAGAGUCUCUGGCUCCUGAAGAACAAAAGGCAGAGUCUCUGGAAGAUUCUUUGCCCAUUCAAACCCCAGUUUCAGUUGAUUUUCCUGGAAAUGAUAACCAAACUUCCCAGAAAGAUUCAGCAAAAUGUGAUAUUUUCACUGGAGAUUGGAUCCCAGACCCAUCAGGUCCAGUUUAUACUAAUGAGAGCUGCCAUGCCAUUGAAAAUCAUCAAAAUUGUAUGAGAAAUGGCAGACCGGAUUCCGGGUAUUUAUACUGGAGGUGGAAUCCAAGAGACUGUGAGCUGCCCAGGUUCAAUCCAGAGAGAUUUCUCGAUUUAAUGAGGAAUAAAUCUUGGGCUUUUAUCGGCGACUCCAUUUCUCGCAAUCAUGUGCAGUCACUGCUUUGCAUUCUAUCACAGGUAGAAGAAGCCGUUGAGGUCUACCAUGAUGAGGAGUACAGAUCCAAGAGAUGGCACUUUCCCUCCCACAACUUCACCCUUUCAGUGAUUUGGACCCCUUUUCUUAUAGAAGCCGAUAUAUUUGAAGACAUCAAUGGAGUUUCCUCAUCUGAUGUUAUGCUUCAUCUCGACAAACUCGACAAAAAUUGGACUGAACAGUACAAGAGCUUUGACUAUGUGGUAAUUGCUGGUGGGAAAUGGUUUCUCAAGACUGCUAUCUACUAUGUGAAUGAUACAGUCAUGGGCUGCCAUUACUGCCCUGGAAGGAACUUGACUGAGCUUGGGUUUGAGUUUGCAUAUCGGAAAGCACUCCAGAUGAUUCUCAACUUUGUCACAGGGUCCGAUCACAAGGGCUUUGUAUUCCUUAGAACUACCACACCAGAUCACUUUGAGAAUGGAGAGUGGUUCAGUGGAGGGACAUGUAAAAGAAUGGUACCCUUCAAAGAAGGUGAGAUAGAUAUGCGAGAUAUAGACAGGAUAAUGCGUGAUAUCGAGCUGGAAGAAUUUGAGAAGGUAGUUGCAGAUGCAGGUACAGAAAGGGGUGUGAUUCUGAAACUACUAGACACUACCCAUCUUUCGUUGUUGAGGCCAGACGGGCACCCGGGGCCUUACAGGCAGUUCCAUCCAUUUGCAGAGGAUAAAAAUGCAACAGUGCAGAAUGACUGUCUGCAUUGGUGCUUGCCAGGGCCCAUAGAUUCUUGGAACGAUUUGGUUAUGGAAAUGCUGGUUAAUGGUUGAACAAUUCAACUUCCUAAGCAGAUUUUGUUUAA